UUUUCUUUUUUGAAUUUAUUAUGAUAUUGUGUAUGUUUUCAAAUGAUAUUUAAAAUAGACACAUGCAUGUUAUGAAAUGGAAAUCAUAAUAUACUAAUCACUAAACACUUCAAGAAUGUUGUAAGAUGAUGAUAUUUAAAAUAAGACUUGGACAUUAUUCUGGUCCCAUUGAGUAUGCCAAAUUAGAAGUUGCUAGAACAAUUAAGGUGUAUAAGAACUUCACAUGUUCUGUUUUUGUGCCUAUAUUACUUUGUUGUUUAUGUUUCAAAAUACAAAAAAAAAGUGUCUAAAAUAUUUUAAUGCUAAGAUUUACAGUUUUGCUUGUUUUCAGGUCCUUAUUAAUUGAAGACGCUAGGUAAACGUUUAUUGGUGUUGUCAUUUUAGAAAGUUGGGGCAUGGAUGGAGGCAACCAGAGUGAGAACUCGGAGUUCCUCCUCCUGGGGAUCUCGGAGGUCCCUGAACAGCAGCGGGUCCUGUUUUGGAUGUUCCUGUCCAUGUACCUGGUCACGGUGGUGGGAAAUGCGCUCAUCAUCCUGGCCAUCGUCUCCGACUCCCGCCUGCACACACCCAUGUACUUCUUCCUGGCCAACCUCUCCUUCACCGACCUCUUCUUUGUCACCAACACGAUCCCCAAGAUGCUGGUGAGCCUUCAGUCACAGAACAAAGCCAUCUCCUACGCGGGGUGUCUGGUGCAGCUCUACUUCCUGGUGUCCUUGGUGGCCCUGGACAACCUCAUCCUGGCGGUGAUGGCCUAUGACCGCUAUGUGGCAAUCUGCCGCCCCCUCCACUAUGUCACAGCUAUGAGCCCUAAGCUCUGCAUCUUGCUCCUCACCCUGUGCUGGGUCCUGUCUAUCCUCUACGGCCUCACCCACACCCUCCUCAUGACCACAGUGACCUUCUGUGGGUCCCGCAAGAUCCACUACAUCUUCUGUGAGAUGUACGUCCUGCUGAGGCUUGCAUGUUCUGACAUCCAGGUCAAUCACACGGUGCUCAUUGCCACUGGCUGCUUCAUCUUCCUCAUCCCCUUAGGGUUCAUGAUCAUGUCCUACAUCCGCAUUGUCAGAGCCAUCCUCAGAAUACCUUCAGUCUCUAAAAAAUACAAAGCCUUCUCCACCUGUGCUUCCCAUUUGGCUGUGGUCUCCCUCUUCUAUGGGACGCUUUGCAUGGUUUAUCUGCAGCCCCUCCACACCUACUCCAUGAAGGACUCUGUGGCCACGGUGAUGUAUGCUGUGGUGACCCCCAUGAUGAACCCCUUCAUCUACAGCCUGAGGAACAAGGACAUGCAUGGGGCUCUGGGAAGACUCUUCAGAACACCUGUUCAGAGGUUGACAUGA